UUCAAAUCAACAGGACAUCUAUUUCUUUUUUUUUUCUUUUCAUCAACUAUAUAUAUCAAAAAAUGGUUAACAUCGAAGAAAAGUCCAUCAACACUAUCCGUACACUCGCUGCCGAUGUUGUAGCUAAGGCUGCUUCUGGUCACCCUGGUGCUCCUAUGGGUUUGGCACCUAUGGCACACGUCUUGUUCACUAAAUAUCUUCAUGCUAACCCCAAGAAUCCUUACUUUAUCAACCGUGAUCGUUUCGUUCUUUCUAAUGGACAUGCUUGUGCUCUUCAAUACAUCUUGCUCCACUUGUUGGGCUACAACCUCUCUAUGGAAGACUUGAAGCAAUUCCGCCAAUUGAGCUCAAAGACUCCUGGUCAUCCUGAACGUAUUGAUACUGAAGGUAUUGAAGUGACCACUGGUCCUCUUGGUCAAGGUGUCUCUAAUGCUGUUGGUAUGGCUGCUGCUGAAGCUCACCUUGCUGCUACUUACAACAAGCCCGGUUUUGAAAUCUUUAACAACUAUACUUAUGUCAUCCUCGGUGAUGGUUGUCUUCAAGAAGGUGUCUCCUCUGAAGCCAGUUCUCUUGCAGGUCACCUGAAGCUUGGUAAACUCAUUGCUUUCUAUGAUGAUAACCACAUCACUAUUGAUGGUGACACUGCUGUUUCUUUCACUGAAGAUGUCCUCAAGCGUUAUGAAGCUUACGGUUGGCACGUCUUGACCGUUGAUGACGGUGACAGUGAUUGCGAUUCUAUCGCCAAAGCUAUUGAACAAGCUCAAAAGGUAACUGAUAAGCCUAGUAUUAUCAAGAUUAGAACAACUAUUGGUUACGGUUCUUUGAACCAAGGUGAAGAAAAGGUUCAUGGCGCUCCUCUUAAAGAUGAUGAUAUUGUUCAAAUUAAAAAGAAGUUUGGUUUCAACCCCGAUAAGAAAUUCGAUGUACCCAGUGAUGUUUAUGAUUUGUACCAUAAGCGUGCUGAAGAAGGUGCUGAAUACGAAGCUAAGUGGAAUAAGCUCUUUGAAGAAUACAAGGGCAAGUACCCCAAGGAACAUGCUGAAAUCGAACGUCGUUUCGCCAACAAGUUGCCUGAUGGCUGGGAAAAGAUCCUUCCUCGUUUCACUCCCAAAGAUGGUGCUGUCGCUACCCGUAAAUUGUCUGAAGGCGUUCUAACUGCCAUUGAAUCUCAACUUCCCGAACUCAUUGGUGGUUCUGCUGAUUUGACUGGUUCCAACUUGACUCGUUGGAAGAACGCUGUUGACUUCCAACCCUCUUCUAACGGUCUCGGUGACUACUCUGGUCGUUACUUCCGUUUUGGUGUCCGUGAACACGGUAUGUUUGCCUUCUUGAACGGUUUGUCUGCCUAUGGUGGUAUCAUUCCUUACGGUGGUACCUUCUUAAACUUCUUGACUUACGGUUGGGGUGCUGCUCGUCUCUCUGCUCUUGGUCGUAUGCGCGUCAUCUAUGUCAUGACUCACGAUUCUAUUGGUCUUGGUGAAGAUGGUCCUACUCACCAACCUAUUGAAACUCUUGCCUUGACUCGUUCUACUCCCAACAUGCUUACUAUCCGUCCUGCUGAUGGUAAUGAAGUCUCUGGUGCUUACUGGGUUGCCCUUACCAACUUGACCCGUCCUUCUGUCAUUGCUCUUUCUCGUCAGGGUUUGCCUCAACUUGAAGGUAGUGCUCCUGAAAAGGUCUUGAAGGGUGCUUAUGUUCUUAAGCCCGUCAAGGAUCCUAAGGCUGUGCUUGUGGCUACCGGUUCUGAAGUCUCUCUUGCUGUUGAAUCUGCUCAAAAGUUGGCUGAUAAGGGCAUCACUGUCCAAGUUGUCUCUAUGCCUUGUUCUGAACUCUUUGAUGAACAAUCUCAAGAAUACAAGUUGGAAGUCUUCCCUCUUAAUGUGCCUGUCAUUUCUAUUGAAUGUCUUGCUACAUUUGGUUGGGAACGUUAUGCUCAUGCUUCUAUUGGUAUGCGUACCUUUGGAUCUUCUGCCAAGGCUGAAGACUUGUUUAAGAAAUUCAAGUUUGUCCCUGAACAUGUUGUUGAAAAGACUGAAUCUGUCAUUGAACACUUCAAGAAGCUUGGUUAUGUUCCUCAAACCAACGUUCAACUCUAAAUCCACAUUUCAUUUAUUUCUCUUUGCUAGCUCAAACCUCGUAAAUUUGUAUUAUAAUCACUAAUGAAUGUCAAUAAAGUCAUUUUUCAUUGUUCAAAUAUAAA